AUGGCUGGACGACGUCUCACGUUCCACUCGCCUUCAACUCCUCUUGGACGCGAUCCACAGAUUACAGCCAGUCCGCAGACUGACGAUAGAAGACUGCUGAUUGCUAUCAGCGGACUGUCUCGUCAGAUUAAUCUAAAUACUGCCGAUAUAAAGGAGCGCUUGGAUUCUGUAGACUCCAGGUUGCUGUCCCUGGAGGAGAAGUUGGUGGCUCUGGAGUUAAACAGUGCGGGAGAGACGAACUCUGACAAGAGAAGACGGGUCCGCAAUCCCAAGCUUGCGGAAUCGGUACGUCGUCUUCACAACUCGGAGACGAAUUCCAGGCGCUACGAGCCAGAGCAAGGACUAAUCUCUCCUCGUAAUGAGGCGGAGCCAUCAAAAUGCCAAGCCGGAAAACGCAUUGCGGGCGGACGUCGCGAAGAGUUCAGCUCGGAGUUGAGCAAGAAGAAAGAGGCUGCUGGAAUUGAGACGGGGUGUGCUCGAAGCUGA